ACUGCUGCUAGGUGAUAGGUGACGUGUUUCCGGUUAAUUGAACAGGGUAAACACUGCAGAGAUACAGAGUUCACUACAGCUAGGAGUUCACUACGUCUUUGCUCUGUUUUCCACGGAUUUAUUUCUCCUACAUUUCCCGAAUAAAGCUAAGGAAUCGGUUGUGGAACUAUCGAAAGUUCAACAGGCUUACAGACUCCUUUUUCCAGGCAUAACCCUUCAAUUUCGAGCAAAAGUCUUCUCUCCUGCUUGGCUUUUCUACUUGGCUGAAGUUUGUCUCCACAAACAACCAAGAGAUUCCAGAAAAAUCAGUCUUCAACUGCUCCAAUAGGUUAAGCCUAAGGCACUCAGAAGAAUCUCCAGUACCUGCAAAUGUUGUUGGAUACAUCUAACAAUGAAGCCAAGUCCAGUCAGGGAGAAAACUCACCACUGUUUAGAGUGUGGGAAGAGUUUUACUACACAGCGUAAUCUCAUCAAACACCAGGGCAUUCACACAGAAAAAAAAACAUAUCACUGCUCAGACUGUGGGAAGAGCUUUAUUGCACAGUAUAAUCUCACCAAACAUCAGUACAUUCACACUGGAGAAAAACCAUAUCACUGCUCAGACUGUGGGAAGAGUUUUAAUCAAAAGGCUAAUCUCAAACACCACCAGCGCAUUCACACAGGAGAAAAACCCUAUCACUGCACAUACUGUGGAAAGGGCUUUAUUACACAAAGUCAUCUCAUCACACACCAGCGCAUUCACACUGGAGAAAAACCCUAUCACUGCUCAGACUGUGGCAAAAGUUUUAUUACAGGUACUCUUCUCAACAUACACCGGCGCAUUCACGCUGAAGAGAAACAGUAUCACUGCUCAGACUGUGGGAAGAAUUUUCUUACAGGUAAUAAUCUCAACAUACACCGGCGCAUUCACACUGGAGAAAAACUGUAUUACUGUUCAGAGUGUGGGAAGAAUUUUGCUCGAAUGGAUACUCUCAAACGCCACCAGCGCAUUCACACUGGAGAGAAACCAUAUCACUGUUCAGGCUGUGGUAGGAAUUUUACUGCACAGCGUAAUCUCAUGACACACCUGUGCAGUCACACAGGCGAAAAAAAGUAUGACUGUUCAAACUGUGGGAAGAGUUUUACUCGACAGAGAAAUCUCAAACAACACCAGCGCAUUCACACAGGAGAAAAAACAUAUUUCUGUUCAGUGUGUGGGAAGAGUUUUACUCGUAAGAAUUCUCUCAAGGAACACCAGUGCAUUCACACAGGGGAGAAAUCAUAUAACUGCUCAGAGUGUGGAAAAAGUUUUACCCGUCAGAAUUCUCUCAAAGAACACCAGCGCAUUCACACAGGAGAAAAAACGCAUCACUGCUCAGAUUGUGGGAAGAGUUUUAUUACACGGAGCAAUCUCGUAAAACAUCAGCGCAUUCACACAGAAGAGAAAUCGCAUUACUGCUUAGACUGUGGAAAGAGUUUUAUUCGACUGAAUUCUCUUAUCAAACACCAGCUCACUCACAUAAGAAAGAAAGAGCGUCAUGAUUCAGAGUGUGAGACUGGCUCCAGGCAUUCAGAUACAUUAGAUAACACUCCUUCAAUCAUCCUAGGCCUCAAUACAGAUAUUAAAGUAGAGUAAAGGUGUAACUAAAGAUAAACACAAUACUGUUCCCUUUAGUUGUGUCGCAGUGCAGUGAUACAGUGCCCUGGAGACUGGUUGGAGUUGACUGUUUUGCAGCGGACUGAUGUUCUGAUGAAGGCCACUACUAGGACACUUUUGCUGUUUCUAAAAAAACUAAGAAAGAAAAUUAAAUGAGAUUGAUCAAAAUAGCAUAUAUGACCAAUGAAAUAUCAAGCUAUCAGAGUGAUGUGCUCAUAACCUUUUUCUUAGGAUGGAAGCAGUUGGAAAUAUCCAACAAUCUAGUUGUGAUUUGCUUUGCAGCAUGGAUCCAUUAUUAGACACUGCAGACUUAACCACAUUCUGAUGGAUUCUGUCCAGCGAUUUUCGAUGUAGUUAUCAGUAUGAGGAUAUAAAAUGCUGUAAAUGUCUCUUUUUUUUUGCUCACUAUAACUCUUUAUGUAAAUCUCUCUCUCUAGGUUGUAAUUGUUUUAACCUGUACAUAUACAUUUUCUUUUCUUCUGUAAUUGUUUUUCAUGUUUUUUCUUUUAUUGUACAUUUUAAGGACUUGUUUCCCAGACGGAGAUUUAGCCUAGUUCUGGAUUAGACCAUAUUGAAUAAAGAUUCUUUAUUGAUAGAAAAACAAAUAGUCCAGGACAGUAAUGCAAGAUGGAUGUGACAUUCAAUUUCUGAAGCUAUGUGUACAGUAGUGUGGGUGCAAAUUAUUGUGAGCAGUAGCUUCUGGUUAUGAUAAUGAAAAUGUGUUGAUGUGUUUUAUGACAUGACAAAUAUACAGUUAAGAUUAUUGGUCUGCAUAUUGUGAAUUGUGUUAUUGUAACAGAAAACAGUAUAAAUAAAAUGUUUAAUGAUAAUAAAUA